GACCUCCGGGAGGCCUUCAAGAAGCUUGUGCCUGUCUCCGGCUACGACGACAUCAAGCCAUAUGUGCAUCGAAUCGCCUCAGGCCGAGAGCCGUCCACCAACCUCCUCUGCUCCGAGCCCAUCACCCACCUCCUCAGAAGUCGAUUUAAGGAAGAAGAACCAUGCUCGCCGGAGGGAAGGAAGGAAGGAGCAGCCGCCGACAAUCUAUCUUAGAGUGGUAGGGUUGCAGGCUCGCCGGCGAUCUAUCUUAGGGGUGUGGGGGGUGGGGGGUGCAAGUUCGCCGGAAAAAGUUAUGCUCAUUUCCGGGGUUAGAGGGAUGGCCAGACGAUGCGGCAACACUAGGGUGGGCGGCGGUUCGGGAGAGGGCGGGCCAGCGAGGCUGGCCGCGGGUGGCUGUAGCACGCCGGUAGCAACAGGCAGCAGGAGGAAGAAGAUGGAGGCGGCUGAGAUCUGUUUUUGAGGAAGAAACGGUCGGAGGAAGAAGACGCACUCUGGCCGUUAGAUCAAAUCAAGGGCAGAGAAUGAUCGACUGACCCAAAUUAAAUUGCCACUCCCUUUUAUGUCCCUUCCUUGCGUGUCAUGGCGUGCAGCUCUUGCACGUCUGGUGGGAAGCAGAAGAUCUUCCCGUCCACCGCGGAGGAACUCGACCGGAAGCUCUUCUUCUAUGGCGUCCAGUCACUCGUGAGGAACAUGUACGUGCAUCUGCAUGCUGACCAGGAGGGCAAGCGCGGCAUGGGGAUGCGCCUCACCUUAACCUUCCCCGUCGAACACACGCCGUCCGGCCUUCACGUCCAGGCGGCCACCACCGCCUACUACCGCAGCAGCCAGUUCCGGGACCAGGAGGUGGGCGGGUUCGACCGGUGCACCAGCCCCAUGGAGGCCAUCCUCUGGCCGGACGCCGAGCAGAGCAUGUACUGCCAGCUGCUCUGCGGCCUGCUCCACCGCGACUCCGUGGACCACGUCGGCACCUCCUUCGCCAACAGCCUCGUGCGAGCCAUCAAGUUCCUGGAGCACAACUGGGAGGAGAUGUGCUCCGACAUCCGCACCGGCAGCCUCAGUGGCCGGAUAACGCACGCACCCCUGCGUGACGCCGUCAUCCAGCGAUACCUACGAGGGCCCAAUCCGGCACUGGCAGACGAGGUCGCGUCGGAGUGUGCUGCCAAGCCCUGGGACGGGAUUGUCGCCAGGCUAUGGCCGCGGGCACGGUGUGCCCUCACCAUUGUCACCGGCUCGAUGGCGCAGUACAUUCCGAUUCUCCGGAGCUACUGUGGUGGCCGGUUGCCGAUCGUCUCACCCUGUUAUGCGUCUACUGAGUGCGCCGCCGGAGUCAAUCUAAGGCCUCUCGACCCACCCAGCCGUGCGUCGUAUGCAUUGCUUCCCAACAUCGCCUACUUCGAGUUUGCCGAGAUCCAGCCUCGUGAUGAAGAAACUCCUACUGUUGAUGACAAUGGCAAUCCGGGUGAGAUGAAGUUUGUGGAUCUUGUGGAUGUCGAAAUUGGUCGGUCCUAUGAGCUGGUUGUCACCACCUUUGCAGGUCUUUACAGGUACCGAGUUGGUGACCUUCUCACCGUGACUGGCUUCUACAACGCAACGCCAUUGUUCCUCUUCUCGGGACGACAUGAUGUCAUCUUAAGCAUAGACCAUGAGAAGAUAAGCGAGGAGGAACUACUCAGGGCAAUUUCACAGGCUAUUGAGCUCCAUCUUGGCCCUCUUGGGUACAUGCUCAGUGGAAGCACCGCCUUUGCAGACAUAUCCAAGUUGCCAGGCCACUACGUCCUGUUCUGGGAGCUAACCAACGCAAGGAGUAAUGGCGUGGUUGGCGACAUCCCUGAUCAAACUGUCAUGGAGAAUUGUUGCUCGACAGUUGAAGAAUGCUUCGACCAAAUGUACUGCAAAAUCAGGCAGCGCGCGAACAUCACCGCGCUCGAGAUAAGGGUGCUUGAGCAGGGCGCGUACGACGCUCUGAUGGACUUCUUCGUGUCUAGAGGCGCAUCGGCGGGCCAGUAUAAGACUCCAACGGCUAUUCGGUCAAAAGAAGCGAUGAUGGUGUUGGAAGAGAGGGUGGUGGCAAGGUUCUUUAGCAAAGAAAUUCCCCGUGGUUCUCUAUAUGAUGAUUACAUGAAGAAAUGAUUGAUGCCCUGAUGGGUUGAUUAGGAGACUAGUGUUCUACUUGUGUGUACCGAUACACAUAGUAGUGUGUGCCAGUCCAAAUCAUGAUCUCCACCAACUUGGAUUUGGUUCUCUAGCAAAAAUCGCUUGAUGCAGAGAUGAGAACAUGUAAUCCUGAAAAUACCGAAACUAAAUACGAAAAGAAUGUCACGUCUUUUAUCUUCUA